AAAGGCUACUGAGUAUUCUUAUUUUAUGAGCUGAGCGAUGAAUAAUACUACUCGUCUCUCAAUCAAAACAAGAAAUAAAUAGCACGUAUAUGUAUAAAAAUAAUAUAUAUUUUAUUUUAUUCUUUUUAUAAUUCUUUUUCCAUCAGGCGCUAAUAAAAGUGACGGGUUUCUUUUACAAAGUAAUAUUAUUAAAUAUCUUUUACAAAGUAAUAUUUAAUUCGUUUCAUUCUGUCCACUUAUUGAAAAAUGAGGAAAAUAAAUAGCCAUUUAGCUUCAGCGACUUUUCGACUGUCAUUCGAUACAUAUUCCUUGUGUCAUGAACACUCAUGAAUAGAGCAUUCGAGCUAAUGAAAAUUUCUAUUUGCUCAAACAUUUUUUAAUCUGAACUCCAGCGCUGAGCGAUAAAUAAUCCACAAUCUUGAAACUUGCUUGAUAUUAUGCAUAAUGCGUCUGAUACGCUGUAAUUGACAAAAAGCUAAGAGCGCUUCUGAUGGGUGGCUUUAUCGCGGAGUAACUCGUGUUUUACUUUUUAGCAAGAUCUUUUUUACGCGCGCGUGGGUUAACGAUUUAUAAAUCUCUCCGCUCUCUUGAUUUCCAUUAUCACUCCCUCGACGCGAUUACAGGUGAAGAGGCAAUUAGUAUAUGUACGUUUAUGACCUUUUAAGAUUAUCAAUCUUAAUAGGCCCGAGAUAUGCUCCUUAAUAGGCAUCUUAAUGCAGAAGAAAGAGAACUAUUUCUCAGUUCAACCUAGCACUCAAUUCUUCCGUGAAACGGAACAGAAUAUAAAAAUAGAUAUAAGAAAUUCGGUGGAGCAGUCGUGGGGUAGUGCUAGGCGUGAAAACAAAGGAUCCCGAGAUAUAAGAAAUUCCUGCCGUUUCGUUUCAUUUCCGUCGAAAAAGAAUCGAAAUCGCUACGACAAAUAAACGCCUUAUCAUUGUCUUUUUAAACCAUUCUGUCAAGGUGUCAAGGUGAGCCAAAUCUCAAUCGAGACGUUCAGUUAGCUAAAACUGAAAAAAUGUUUUCCAUCAGGGCACGUUUCGCACAUACAUAAAACAUACAGCGGAUUGAAUACUAAAUUCAGCAAAAUUUCGCAAAAGACAAAAAUAUAAUUAAUAAUUAAUGCAUCGUGUGAAGUAAAAUGGGAUAAUUGCACUAUGUUCAACGAUGCUGAAAAGAGGUCAUAAGAGGUUUAAUUCAAUAUCGGCGAGUCUAAUGCUAACUUGAUCCUUGUUCUUUGUUAUCUUUGUUGCGUACGGAAAUUGUAUCCUAAACGACGACACACGUUGGAAUUUUUGAACGGUUUAGACGACGCUCGCUAGCUCGGAAUUCCGAGCGAACGCUCAGGUCAAUACAAAUAUUUGGUUUAUCCUACGGUCAUCGGACGGCCGUUGAUGGGCUGAGACUGAGAUGGGCCCAAAACUACGUUUCUAGAAACUUCUAUUAGAAAACCUCUUCCCUUAAGACGCGUAGGAAGUGAUGAGAAUCUCGCGCGGGGAGUUCUGGCCAUUUCGGGUAUAAAAAGGGCGGAAAACGUCGCAGAGCGACACUUAUAGUUUUAGACCUCUGACACACGUAGUUUUUAGACUUCGGGUCUGUUAUUUCAUUCUCGAUCAUUUUUCUAACUAUUCAACUCCAGACAGAAAGAAGGAGAAACGGUAUAUAAAAGGUGAUUUUUCGAAAUUUUAAUAUCGUCUUUUCUUCCUAGUGACUCCCUAAGCAAGAAAGCAAGAUGAAGAGUUACAUCUGCGCGAUUUUGCUGUUGAUCUGCGGCGGGAUGGGUUACUCUGCGACGCAAGUACGAGGUGGCUGCCUUUUUGGAAAACAAGUGGUCAGUGUGGGUAAACACACGGCUGCCCCGUGCAUGGAGUUGAUUUGUGACACAUACGGUCAAGUAACUAUGGCCCCAUGCCCGUCAAUGGCGUGUAAUCCCGGGCAGGAAGCUACUGGUAUGAUGCCUGAAAGACCAGGCAAACCUUUUCCAGAUUGCUGUGCACAACCGAUUUGUAAGGGUAGACAUUAUCCCGAAGUUGCUGAUCUACCAUACUUUUUGCCACAGAUGGAAUCCGAGUAACGGACCAUUCUCUACCUCUACUUAUUAGCUAAUAAUAUCGCGGAAAUAAAUAAAAACUUUCGAAUCAUAUUUUUCGGACAGAUAAGGAAAUAUUGCCAGAAAUAAAUCUUUCCUGUCAUAAUUCGUCAGAAUAUUCUACCCCUCCACUUCCCUAUCGUUUAUCGAGACUGGAUAAAGAAUUUAUUCGUCUUUCGCGCGAUAACGUGCAACCGAGUUUAUCCGGAUACGUAUUCUCUGUAGCUCACUAUGCUUAGUUCACAUUUCCGUUGUACAAAAACACAAAAACCACUUCCCUCUCGAGCAAUCUUCACUUUUCCGUAAAUUUCAAGCCGAAUGAAGAAGCAUUACUGCCUCCGGCACGAUCCGGCACGACAUUAAACGUGAGUAAACGCCACUUUCGCUCAA